AUGACCAAGCGGAAGCACCUAGUGAGGCAUAUGGGCCAACACAAAGUACACCUGGAGGGGGUGGACAUCUUCACCGGCCGUCCACAUGUGGGCCUGUACGGCUGCUUCAUGAAGUCCCGCAAUGUCAUCAUUCCCACCAUCAAGGAGACCACCAUGCUUCUACUCUACUUUGAACCAGAUGGCAGCUUGGUCUCCCUUGACAGCACAGGCGAGACUGUCACUGAUCUCAUGAUACUUUCUGACCGUCUGCGCCAAGAGCUCACCCGGGCACACGAAGCGGGCGAGGAACUGUGCCUGUGCGUGAAGUGCUACAUGGGCAAGAAGGUGGUCUUCAGCUACGUGGGCGAGAACGAGCACUUCCUCGCCCACCCAACAGAGUGA